AUGUCUAGUGAGCAAUCUUGUUCUGAUUCACAGUCAGAUUCGGAAUGUUACGAGAUUGAAACUUUCGCUCGGUUUGAAUUACCUCCCUUUGUGCCAAAUGGUGGAGAACAUUCUGAUAUUGUGAAUAAUUCCGCCCUCUCUCCAGAGGCUGAGGAAUUUGUGCCUACUAUUAGUGAUUGUGUUGAUGUGAGUGUUAAUUUUGAGAAUCCUAGUGAGAUUAUUUCAGAUCAAAGUGUAUUAGAUAUUGAGAACGAUAAUGAGUUAGAUACACCUCAACAUGACAAUAUACCUCAAUCAGAAAAGAAGAUAGAUAGUUCAGAUAGUAUCCGGAGAUCCUCAAGAUUACGUAAUGCUCCAACUCGUCUUACAUUUGAUACUUUAGGAGAACCUACAUUCCAACAUAUAGAUUCGCGAUGUGUCGAUAAUCCAAAUCCUAGUGUGGAAAAUAGCUCUACAAGCAACUUGGCUCUAGAUAUGUUCAUGUGGGCAUCUUCUCUUUUUACGCGACCAUCUCCAAGUAAAAUUCUUGUUGUGUAG